AUGACUGUAUCGGACAAUAAUACCAAUCCCACAGUAAUUAUACUAGGUGGGAUUGGAAUCUUGCCGAAAUGCAUGUGUUAGUUUUUGAUACUUGGAUGACUGUAUCAGACUUUAAAAUACUCAUUAAUAAUUCAUAAACCUUGUGGCAAAUCAUGUCAGCCAUAGUAUAUCACGUGGAGUGACUUUAUAUCUGAUAAAACACAUGUGGCAUUAUAUAAUUGUUCAUCUUAAUUAGCAUGAUUAUACUAUGGUUCAUCCUAAUUAGUAUUCUUUUGUAGUCGUAUUUUAAGCUAUCCAAAACACUCGUUGUCGUGUCUUAUCAGAUAUAUAACGCUCGGCUGCGCCUCGCGUUAUAUAUCCGAUAAAACACUCCUACUCGUGUUUUAAAUAGUACAUACUGUAUAACUUAGAUUGAAUCACGUACCGCAAUUAUUCGAAUAAACGCCGCGACGUUUAUUAAAUUUUUGGCGCCCAAGGUGCGGCGUUUAUUCGAGGGCGGCGUUUAUUGCAAAUUGUGUAACAACAAGUGUGCAUUUAUUGUUUAAUUAAAACUCAACUUCAACACUUAACCCAAAAAACUAAGAAUAAAGUUCAUAUGUUAUGAAUGCUUCGAAUAAACGCCGCAUCGAUGAGAAAUAAUGCGGAGUUUAUUCGAGGGCGGCGUUUAAUAAUAUUUUUGCUUGUCCCUGCGGCGUUUAUUCGAGGGCGGCGUUAAUUCGAGGGAGGCGUUUAUUCGAGUAAUUACGGUAUAUAACUAGAAAUAGUAUGUUAUGUUAACCCUCCCAGACCCAAAAAUUACUCCUUCUAAUCAAAAUCCGCCCCAUACAGAAUCAUUUUCUGUCUUAGGAAAUACAGAAUAAUUUUCACACUCUACAGGAAAGAUCCUGAAGCUUGAAAGAAAUUUAAUGUAUAAAAUAGAACCUGCACUGUAAAAAAUGAUGGGUAAAUUUACACAAGAUUUUGCGUAAAAUCUUCCUUUCAACUCAAUUUAUAUGUAAGUUUAAUACAAAAAUAGGAGUAAAUUUUUAACUCAAAUUAUUGUGUUAACACAAAAUACUCGGUAAAUACAUCAUUUACACAACAUUUUGAGUAAAUAUUUACUCAUUGUUAUGAGAAUUACAACUCUCGCUCGCGUUUGACCGCCAACUGUCAUGAGUCGUGUUUACACUACCAGCCUUGGCCUAGCCUUGGCCUAGCCUUAUAUCUCAAAAAUGUACAAGUUUUAGUGAAGUACUUUAAUUAGCGUGGAGUAAAUUAUUUUGUCCUUUAUAACAGUUCAUAUAAUGACUUCAAAUUGUGUUUUAAACUUUCCAUGAAAUGUAUUCUCUUGAACGUUUUGCCAACAUUCUCUAAAUUUUCCGUUUAGUUUUUUAUACACCGUGUAGAAUUACAUAGGACGUGGAACAUCGAUGGUUUACAAAUCGAUGCCUAAAAGAACCUCUCACAAUAAAAAGUCUCGUUUUAUUAUCUUCCGAUAAUGUAUUAGCGUGCUUAUCAAUUUUGUGUUUUUAGGCUAUGUGUUUCUGGGAGAGAGGCUGCACAAGUUUAAUGCAUCAGCGCAGUAUGCUGCGCCUUUGAUGGCUGACUUUGGCGCCGACCUGCAUGAUAAGACUUCUAUUCGCUACAUUGACACAGGUAUAUAUUGCAUUUAUUCUGAAUGAGGCCCAGGCUAUAUUUCUCUUUUUGGCCGCAAAAACUAAAACUAAAAAUUUCCUGUGUAAGUCAAAAAUAUAGAACUUCUUGCCUGUGUAAAUUUCAGAGAACGUAUGGUGCCGCACAGUGUGGUAAAAUGUCCAUCUCGGCACAAGACAAUCUCGACUUGCAAAACGCUUUAUAUGGUAUUCCACUAUAUAUAUAGAGGAUCACAAAAAUGUCCUGUAAGAAGAUAUUUUGUUAAAAAAUUUUAGUGCUGCUGGCUUUCACAAAUAUCCUGUUUCUGCAUAAAUACAGAAUUGUACAUGACUCUUCCACAGUCCCUCAGAUUUGCUUCAGAGAAAUUAAAAUAAUGCAGGCGCUUGCGGGUUAGAAAAGUGGAACACGCCUAGGCUCGUGGAAAUGCUGCGGGAUGAGCGACUGGGGACGAGUGUGGAAUUCUACCCCUAUAAACACCACGAUCAAACGUCUGCGCGUAUUUAUUCUUGUAUUCAAAAGACUGGAAAUAGUAUUGUGUUCACAAAGCUCCACCAAACGUUUCGAGAAAAUGACGAGUGUUUAAACUCACUAUAACUUCGUCUUGACACAAGGAAAAAGCGCUGAAAUUCCCUAUACCUUAUAGAUUCUGCCAUUUCCUUAUAGUAAGUAUAUACACUUUUCCCGUAUUUACUCCUAUCAUUAUGGCAGAUAUUUCCCCCGGCAUUUCUCGCGCAUGUGCUUUAUGUUUGACCGCGGUGUUAUUUCUGUAGGAAAUGAUGUGGUUGACUUGGUUUAAGUUUAGAAUUAUAUUAUUAUGUUUUAUAGGAGAUCGACUAACAGUGGAGUGGGCGAAUAUGAGAGUGAGAGACGAGUCGCCAGGUCAGAUAUGAUGAACGAUUAUUACAUGUCCUUGUGCUAAUGUGAUUGACUGUGGUUUUUUGACAUGUUUUUUUAUACCUAGAUAUACAAUUUUCAUUUCAAUGUUCUAUCUUCAAGAAUGGAACUUUGAUUUUUGCUUAUAAAAAUGUGAGUUGUUGAUGGUACUAAUAAAUAAUAUUGUUAAUAAAAAAUAUUGUUUCUCCUUGCAUUGUUUCUCCUUGCAUUGUUUCUCCUUGCGUUUCUCCUUGCAUAACAACCGUUUUUAGGCGACUUUAAAUACGUUGGGCAAACCACCCUAGUUCCCAUUCUCUGAAGAGAGGCAAACGAAGGUAAAUUCCGAAUCAUAGUUUAUAGCUGUAUUUUUCACACUGACUUAACACGAACAGGGAGGGUAACAGUCAGGACAGACCGGACGCGAUUCGACAACGCGGCGCGAUUUUUCGAUUUUUACUGACCGAUAACUUUGAUCCUGGUUUACGUUUUCCAAAUAUUUAGAAGCAGUAUAACACUUUGAGUUGUAUUUGGUCUACAUAUCUUUUAAAAUUUCCUUUCAUUGGCAUGUUUUAUUAACUUUUAGAAAAUUGAAAAAUCGCGUCGCAUUGUCGAAUCGCGUCCUGUGUGUCUCGGCUUUGAGGAUUUGCCAUAGAAUUAAGGCUUUUGAAUAGCAAUUAUUAAUGUAAUACUGCCAACCUCCGCACUAAUUAAGGAAACAAAUAAUUUAAAACACUGAACCAGGAACAAUUGUUUUUGACUAGAAACAACAACCAAUUAAGAACCAACUCAGCCUGAUUUCUCACUAUAAGUACACAUUAUAUAAGAAUCUCUCCAGUCUGACAAAAAGUCCUAUCCCAUCCACAAGGUUCUUUUAUGCAGGUUUUUUAUUCAUGCUUGAUGCUAUGCGUAAGUUAAACUUGUCUAGGGAUUCGUUUUACCACGAGUUUUUGAAUUAUUUUUUUCAUUUUUAGAUUCCUAAACCAGUGGAUAAAUUAAGAAGGACAAAUGACUUCUUUGUACGUGUUGGUCUUUCGGACACCUAUCGACGUGAAACGAUUAGACAAGGUCCCAUUAAAAUAGAUGGAAAAUGGUGUAAGUGGAAUUCUUAUUUUGUGAUGACGUUACAUAAAUGACAAAGUUCUGAAUACUUUCAACUUGAAAAUCAUAGCACCAGCAAAAAGUAAAUACGCAAAUAGCGACCGCAUACCUUACGUGCUACCUUGACAUGGUACUUGGCUGAAAAAAGAAGUACCAGACUGCAACACUCGCUACCUCCAGUACGUAAGUACACGAUUUAUCGCAUUCUGCUGUAAUAAUUACAGUGUAAAGACACUUUUCCAUUCAUCACAAGAGUCGCAAGUUCGCGGCGAGUACGUUCAUCCAAUCACAAUGCUCGACAGUUUAUUUUGCUUAAAUGCAAGCACUCGCAGAGGACAUGCGAGUUGAUGUUUGCGAUGAGUGGAAAAGAGCCCCAAGACAAGUUGGUAUAAUACUGACUCAUGAAACACGAUCGAACUGAUGGAAUGGAAUAUUUGUAACUAAGGAAUGUUGGAGUCGACUGUAAUGUUUGUGAGCUCCAUGUUCUAACUCGUACUUUCAAAUACGCGGCAACAACCAUUGGAGUACAGUACCAUUGCAGUACGUUAAAAUGUACAAGACAGUAUAUAUACAAUGAGCCAUCAACACAACUGUUAACUGCAUCAUUGUACACAUUCUUUAAAGUAUUGCAACUGAGUUUUAUACACUGCAAAAAAUUUGGACUCGAAAACCUGAGUAAAAUAAUGCACCCACAGUGGCUCAAAAUAUUUAGUAAAGUUGUAGUAAAGAGUAGUAAAGAGAGCAAAUUUAGUGAUUGUUAGUAGAAUAAAGUUUUUUUAGUAGAGUAAAUUUGAAACUUUUCUCCUGCAAAAGUUUGGUGGAUUUACUCAUAAUUUUGAGUAAUUUCACUCAACGUUUUGAGUGUGUGUGGGUGCACUAUUUUACUCAAGUUUCUGAGUCAAGAUACUCACCGAUUUUCUGCAGUAAGUGAACUUCGCUUGUAUUAGUUUAAUGUGCAUGGGAACAGGGAUGACUUGAUUUGGAUAUAUAGGAUUCGGAUGCUGAAGCAACUAUGACAGUGUUCUGAAACAGACUAAUGAGUAAUGUUUAUUUUUAGAUCGUGCUGUGCGUUACAUUAUCUAUUAUCUAUACGAUCGAGUUCAACUUCCGAAAAAUAAAGUUGUGAAUGGAGCAGCAUUUGUCCUUAUACCUUUUCCAAGUAAGUGGACGGUGGUAUGGCAGCUAUGUGCACUCUGCAUGCAUUGUUGCACUAAAAUCUGAAUUGACGUGCAAGCCGAUACUUGAAUAAACGAAAUGAACUAACGACUACAUGUUACAAAACAUACGCAAUACAUUACGCAAUACACGACUUUGGAUGGCUAACAAAACAAACUUCUAACUCUGCAGAUGGUUUUAGUACUGGUACAAAAGUGUCGAUUUGAACAAAGCUACGCAUUAGAAUUAUGUUUAGGAGUUAUUCACGCAUAAUCAUAUACAUUAUCCAAUGCCUAGACAGCUUUAAUUGCUCAGUUCAUAUAUUCAAUUCUAUCAUUCUGCACAUUGUCAUUGGAGGAAUAUAGUAACUUAUAGCAUGUGAAUUAUCCAAAGUUGUGAGUUAGGUAUAAACAUAAAUUAUUUGAAUUCUUUUUUACUCUAUGUUAUACGAAAGGGUUUUUCCAAUAUUUUAUUAUUUUCGUUGCGUUUCGAGCAGUUUAACUGUCCGUCUUCAGGCUACGAAUUAAACAAAAAUGACUACAAAUGAUCACAAAAAUUACAUUUGUAGUCAUUAAAUUGCCCGAAAUGUAGCGAAAAUAAUAAAAAACAUUGAGGAAAAACACCUUCCGUAUAUAAUCCUAUAUAAAGUGAAAAAGAAUUAAAAUAAUUUAUACUAUGAAUGGAGGUGAGAGUUUUAUAGAGAACAAAUUAAAUAUCAACAAUUUUCUAUUCUUCUUCUAGACUGUGUAAUGUUUAAGUCGUGUGAUACGUGUUUGAAUACCCAAGAAAAAUUUGAUUGUAGGUGGUGUCCUGCGAUUAAGAGGUGAGGACAUUGGCAACAAUGUGCCAACAUCUGCUCCCACUGUAAUAUUUAUACAGGAAGCCUAAUCAGUUAUGGUUACAACGUUGCAACUGUCAUCAACAAGGCUGAUGUACAAUGCUUGUAUUCUUUCAAUGAAUGUGCUGUGUUGGUGUUUCAUAUGUCGGCGUCAGGCUGAGCACCUGAAAAGUGGUGUAGCUUAAUUUUUUAACAAUUGUAACAAUGAUUAGCCGUUUUCACAUUAGAAGACGGACAAGUCGUCUAGACGAACAAAUCGUCUCGAAAUCGUCUUUUAGUCGGACAAAUAAUCAGAUAUGAAAACGUGUCGGACAAAAUAUUAGACGAACAAGACGUCUGAAUUUGUUCGACUACUUGUCCGUCUGUGAAGACGAUUUUUGAGAGACGAUUUGUUCGUCUAGACGACUUGUCCGUCUCUAAUGUGAAUAGGGCUAAUAAGGCAAGUUAGACAUAAAAUUGGUCGCCCGGAAUAAAAUUCACUUGCCAUCAGGGCUAGUUUUGCCCUUGCAUUUCUGCAAAAUUUGAAAAAGAUGAUUACAUGCAGUAAAGAUUGAUUAAUCAGUCUUAUGUAUUGAAGACGUAAUAAUGAAUGAUUUCAGCAAUAAUUUCAGCAGAUUUACUAAAUAAUGAAUGCAUACCACAAACAAGUAAACAAUUUGGUGUAGCAAUCUAUUUCUGGAAAAAUGAUGUUAAAACAACUUGCCCGAUCGUGCAAAGCAACUUCUAUUUGCCCGUAAAGGCGUAAUGAUUUUUACUUACCCCUGAUGAAUUAGAACACAGGCUAUAGGUCAAACUAUACUAAAGACAGUAUGCUCCUUUUCUUUCUCAGAUGUUCAGAUGGCAUUGACAGGCAUCGCAGUGAAUGGGUGACCGCUGGGUGUCUUCACGAUAGUGUAAACUCGGUACGUUUAAAUAAUAUCACAGUGAACUGCAUGCCCCUAUACGGACAGGGACGUAUGAAUCGGGGAGGGUGAGGGCGGCGGGUAGAGCACUGAAUUUAGUUCUUUCGUUACACUGGUUCAGUAUAACAUACAUGCAUGUACAGAAGGGCAUGAUGCAUGGAGCGAUGAUUUCUAUCCUGAGCAAACAAUUUUUGUCAGCCUCUGUACUCCGUGUCUUUCACGGAAGAGGUUAUUUCGCUGGCCUCAGAGUGACAAAACGUAACAAAGCAACGGUUUUAGUGGUUUUACUAACACUAACCCUACUCCAAACACCAACUGUAACCCUAAUCCUUGCCCUAAUCCUAACCUAACCCUACUCCAAGUUUGUUUCUAAACCAAUCUUGAAGACAAAAUUUUUGACGAAAUCUCGUUUAGCGAAAUAACUUCUUCCGUCUUCCACGUACUAUUUAAAACAUGAGCAGCUAAAGUGUUUUAUCAGAUAUAAAGAUACGAGGAGAAGCCGAGUAUCUUCGGAUAAAACACUCACUGCUGCUCAUGUUUUAAAUUGCUUCAAAAACGAUCGAUGUAGUAAGUUCAUUGACGAAGUAAUUUUGAAAAGACACGUUGUGUAAGUCGAGAAAAUCAAAGUUAAAGUUUAUGUAAAUCAAGGGAAAUUUCUAUCGCAUAUAAAGAUACGACACGCUUAUGAUUUUUUCUUUGUGUUUUCCUCAUGAAUUAUUAAUGAGUUUUUGAAUAUACCAUACUAAAUGACUUGACCCACUGUUCUUCUGUUCCUACAGUGUUCUAGUAGUGACAAUUCUGGCGUCAGUGGUGGUGUGAUUGCUGUAAUUGUCAUCCUUCUAGUUCUUGUAAUUAUCGCUCUCGCUUGGUAUGUAUACGCUUACUCUCAUCCACAAACUAAAUCAGGAUUAUGUUUGAUCAAGGUAAGAAAUCAAUACUUUUAGCCCAUGUGUUUUCAAUUGCGUUAAUUAUUAAAUUGCAUGGCUAUGUUAUUGAAAUUUGAGGUGUUUAUCCUUCGUACUUUCUGGCCUUCAUGAAUGAGGAGUACCUUUUGAAUUUGACUUCUGGUGUAUAGUGUUGGUUUCUCAAUGGGAUGUAUUGUAUAAACAAUAGUGUUAAAAAGGACAAGGGUACCAUGACAUUUAUCUGCCCCUUCAGGGUUGCAGUAUUUUGCAUCUGUAUCAAGCAAUACGAAUGUUGCUGUAUUGUAAAUGUAGCUUUUCAAAAUAAGCCGGCGGCCGCCGGAGCUCCGACGUGUGUGCCACGAGGUUUUUACCGCCAGUUACUUUGUUUGGUACUUGAAAUAUCAGUUCUGCUCUCAUUUCUCCACUCGAAGCUUUCAAACAAAGUUAAACUGAUUUGGUUAUUUGCCAUCUUAAAUUUUGAAGUUAUCUUGUUGAAGAAUGAAAGUAGUCUGUGAUACAUUAUAAUUUGGUUACAAUCUUACAGAGCUGAAUUGUGCUGUUAUACCUAAUCAAUACGGUACAUAGAACCAAUAAACAGCAUUCGAAUGACGUGCAGUGAUACCUGCACAUGUGGUUCUAGGUAUAUUGUAUUAUAUUAUUGGAAAUUUAAAUUUAAAAUACUGUACAUGCAUGAAAAAGAGAAACCUUAAUUACCGAGUUAAAUUAAAUUUUUUUUUAAAUAGUUUUAGUGAAUUACAUCAAUUACUCGAUUAUACUAUCCUUGCUGUAAGAAGUUAAGUUGUAGAUUACAUAUUGGACUAUAGAAUUGCUAUACUAAAGGUCUAUUUAGUAGGGGGGGGGGCCCUUAGUACAUUUAAAAAAUCAUCUCUUAGAACCAUAUAUAAUUGAGUUACGCUAAAAUGCUAUUAUAGGUAUUAAUAGCGUCCACCAGGGGACUGUUCUUAAAUCUCUCUGUUAGUCUGUUGUGCUUAAAGUUAUAGUACAUAUCAACAUUAGACCUAUAGUUUCUGGGAGUAAAUUGUGCAAACGGUGCUCUGGUGAAGAUAAUUUUGUUAUUAAUUCCACACAGUGCUUCUCGCAUCUUUCUCUUAAUGUUUGUAUCUUGAGAUGAUCUAACGCUUCGCAAUAACAAAACCAGGCAAGAUUAACCUGAACGCUUUUUUCUGUAUUCUUUCGAUAUCUAGAUUUUGUGCGCUAGUUUUUCCCCCAUGCCAUAACACAUCUCCAUAUUCCAGUGUUGAUCUAAUAACGCUACAAUAAAAUUGAAGCAAUUACUGCGUUGGUGCACCAUAUUUUUUACCAUAUAAUUAACACUGAACCUGGUUAUGUUAAUUCAAUUCUAUAACUUAUACGUAAUAUUUUUUCUACAGUAUGGUAACCCUACGAAAUGGUGUCGUAAUUCAAGUGGUGAGAGACAGAAUACAUCAACAGAUGGUCGAAUUAGUUUCAAGACAAUGGCUUUCGAAAGUAAUGCUUAA